GGGGACAGGAAGCUGCGCCUCUGGUUUCAGUGGGUGGCAGCCUGUUCAACCCACGUCCCUAUUUAAACAGCGCUCACUGCGGCUCCCGACAAAGCCGGCCGGAGCUGAAGCCGCCGAUUUCUGGAGUGUCCGAGUCUGGCUCAGUGCACAGGGCGAUGGGGGUCGCUUCUUAUCUCUGUCUCCUUCUGUCCUGUCUGGCAGGCGUGCGGUCGGACGUUGUGCUGACACAGCCCGCGUCAGCGGUGGUGAAGCCCGGGGAGUCCCACAGAUUGACCUGUGGAGUCAGUGGGUUUAGCCUCAGCGACUAUAGCAUGAGCUGGGUGAAACAGGUCUCCGGGAAAGGACUGGAGUGGGUGUCAGCGAUAUCGGGUGGCGGUAGCAAAUAUUACGCGCCUGGAGUCAAGGGCCGAUUCGAGGUUUCCAAGGACAGCAGCACCGUCUAUCUGCAAGUGAACAACCUGAGACCGGACGACACGGCCACCUAUUACUGUGCGAGAGACACAUGUGACUAUCUUUACUACUGGGGGAAAGGAACGUCGCUGACGGUGACUUCAGUGGCCAAGUCCUUGCCGUCAGUCUACAUCACCCCUUCCUGCAACACGGAAUCUGGCCAAGAGAUCAGCCUCCUCUGUCUGGUCAAGGACUAUCAGCCUGAGAGCAUCAGUCAGACAUGGUCCACCAAGAGUGGGGAAAUCACCACUGGAAUCAAGAAGUACCCGGCAGUCUUGGGGCAAAGUUCAACGUACACAAUGAGCAGCUUGCUCCGAGUCCCUGCGGCGGAUUGGAACAGGAAUAAAGUCUACUUCUGCAAGGCAGGGUACGAGGGAGGCAAGUUUAUGACAGCGGAGUUCCGGAAACCUCAACCUCCAAAGCUCAUCCCCCUUGUUCCAUCCCCGGAGGUUAUCUACAAUCAAACAACUGCUGUCCUGGGCUGUGUGAUAUCUGGAUUCUCUCCUGACAGUAUUACUGUUUCCUGGGAAAAAGCUGGAUCUGCUCGAGUGGGCAUCAUUCUGCCUUCCACUUCAACAACGGAUGGUGUAUUUGAAACAGUCACUUACCUGACCGUCCCUGUGCAGGAAUGGAUCAGCAAACAGGAAUAUACUUGUGAAGUGACCCACACACUUUCUGGUUUCAGGGAGAAGGUCAACAUGAGGUAUCAAGAGGAAUUGUCUGUCUUUAUCCAAAAUCCCUCCACUGAAGAGAUUUGGAUCAACAAGACCGCUACUCUGGUGUGCAUGGUUGUAGGUGCUGAUCUGAGCCAGGUCCAAAUCUACUGGCAGGUGAGCGAGAGGGAGAAAAUUAAAGGAGAUAUGACCAAAAAACUGAGAGAGGAAGGGACCCAAGACACAGUGAUCAGCCAACUCCAGACCAGUGUGGAGGAGUGGUCCAGUGGGGUGGAGUACACGUGCUCUGCCCAACAACCUUCUUCAUCCUCAGCAGUGUCAGCGCGGACAAAAAGUACCAAAGUGGAGACAAAAAGUCCCAAGGUCAGACUGCUGCCUCCACCACACGAAGGGACCAAGAGUAGGAACACGGCCACCCUCGAGUGUGUGGUCUCUGGAUUCUACCCGGACCUUAUAAGCGUCACCUGGGAGAAAGACGGCUCCCUGAUCUCCUCCAACACCAGUGCAUCACCGACUGCUCUGGAGCAGCGGGGUGCGUUCAGUGCCAGCCAUUUCCUGACUGUGAGUACAGAGGAGUGGAAGAAAGGCUCAGUCUUCAGCUGUACAGUGUCUCAUCCCCCGUCCAACACCAGAGUCAGCCAGAAGGUGAAAAGCAUUCAAGAAUUGUCUGUCUUUAUCCAAAAUCCCUCCACUGAAGAGACUUGGAUCAACAAGACGGCUACUCUGGUGUGCAUGGUUGUGGGUGCUGAUCUGAGCCAGGUCCAAAUCUACUGGCAGGUGAGCAAGAGGGAGAAAAUUAAAGGAGAUGUGACCAAAAAACUGAGAGAGGAAGGGACCCAAGACACAGUGAUCAGCCAACUCCAGACCAGUGUGGAGGAGUGGUCCAGUGGGGUGGAGUACGUGUGCUCUGCCCAGCAACCUUCUUCAUCCUCAGCAGUGUCAGCGCGGACAAAAAGUACCAAAGUGGAGACAAAAAGUCCCAAGGUCAGACUGCUGCCUCCACCACACGAAGGGACCAAGAGUAGGAACACGGCCACCCUCGAGUGUGUGGUCUCUGGAUUCUACCCGGACCUUAUAAGCGUCACCUGGGAGAAAGACGGCUCCCUGAUAACCUCCAACACCAGUGCUACACCGACUGCUCUGGAGCAGGGGGGCACUUUCAGCGCCAGCCACUUCCUGACUGUGAGUACAGAGGAGUGGAAGAAAGGCUCAGUCUUCAGCUGUACAGUGUCUCAUCCCCCAUCCAACACCAGAGUCAGCCAGAAGGUGAAAAGCAUUCAAGAAUUGUCUGUCUUUAUUCAAAAUCCUGGCAUUGCAGAGAUCUGGAUCAACAACACCGCUAUCCUGAAGUGCACGAUUACCUGUACUGAUCCGAGCAAGGUCCACAUCUCUUGGGAGGUGAGCGGGAAGGACAGAACUAAAGAAGCUGUGACCCGACCAGCGGAGAGGGAAGGGAUCCGAAACACAGUGAUCAGUGAACUCCGGACCAGUGUGGAGGAGUGGUUCAGUGGGGUGGAGUACGUGUGCUCUGCCCAACAACCUUCUUCACCCUCAGCAGUGUCAGCACGGACAAAAAGUACCAAAGUGGAGACAAAAAGUCCCAAGGUCGGACUGCUGCCUCCACCACACGAAGGGACCAAGAGCAGGAACACGGCCACCCUCGAGUGUGUGGUCUCUGGAUUCUACCCGGACCUCAUAAACGUCACCUGGGAGAAAGACGGCUCCCUGAUCUCCUCCAACACCAGUGCUGCACCGACUGCUCUGGAGCAGGGGGGCACUUUCAGUGCCAGCCACUUCCUGACUGUGAGUACAGAGGAGUGGAAGAAAGGCUCAGUCUUCAGCUGUACAGUGUCUCAUCCCCCCUCCAACACCAGUGUCAGCUGGGAGGUGAAAAGCAUUCAAGAAUUGUCUGUCUUUAUCCAAAAUCCCUCCACUGAAGAGAUUUGGAUCAACAAGACGGCUACUCUGGUGUGCAUGGCUGUGGGUGCUGAUCUGAGCCAGGUCCAAAUCUACUGGCAGGUGAGCGAGAGGGAGAAAAUUAAAGGAAAUGUGACCAAAAAACUGAGAGAGGAAGGGACCCAAGACACAGUGAUCAGCCAACUCCAGACCAGUGUGGAGGAGUGGUCCAGUGGGGUGGAGUACACGUGCUCUGCCCAGCAACCUUCUUCAUCCUCAGCAGUGUCAGCGCGGACAAAAAGUACCAAAGUGGAGACAAAAAGUCCCAAGGUCAGACUGCUGCCUCCACCUCACGAAGGGACCAAGAGCAGGAACACGGCCACCCUCGAGUGUCUGGUCUCUGGAUUCUACCCAGAUCUCAUAAACGUCACCUGGGAGAAAGACGGCUCCCUGAUCUCCUCCAACACCAGUGCUGCACCGACUGCUCUGGAGCAGGGGGGCACUUUCAGUGCCAGCCACUUCCUGACUGUGAGUACAGAGGAGUGGAAGAAAGGCUCAGUCUUCAGCUGUACAGUGUCUCAUCCCCCCUCCAACACCAGUGUCAGCUGGGAGGUGAAAAGCAUUCAAGAAUUGUCUGUCUUUAUCCAAAAUCCCUCCACUGAAGAGAUUUGGAUCAACAAGACCGCUACUCUGGUGUGCAUGGUUGUGGGUGCUGAUCUGAGCCAGGUCCAAAUCUACUGGCAGGUGAGCGAGAGGGAGAAAAUUAAAGGAAAUGUGACCAGAAAACUGAGAGAGGAAGGGACCCAAGACACAGUGAUCAGCCAACUCCAGACCAGUGUGGAGGAGUGGUCCGUUGGGAUGGAGUACACGUGCUCUGCCCGACAACCUUCUUCACCCUCAGCAGUGUCAGCGCAGACAAAAAGUACCAAAGUGGAGACCAAAUGUCCCAAGGUCAGACUGCUGCCUCCACCACAUGAAGGGACCAUGAGUAGGGACACGGCCACCCUCGAGUGUGUGGUCUCUGGAUUCUACCCAGACCUCAUAAACGUCACCUGGGAGAAAGACGGCUCCCUGGUCACCUCCAACACCAGUGCUGCACCGACUGCUCUGGAGCAGGGGGGCACUUUCAGCGCCAGCCACUUCCUGACUGUGAGUACAGAGGAGUGGAAGAAAGGCUCAGUCUUCAGCUGUACAGUGUCUCAUCCCCCCUCUAACACCAGUGUCAGCCAGGAGGUGAAAAGCAUUCAAGAAUUGUCUGUCUUUAUCCUAAAUCCCUCCACUGAAGAGAUUUGGAUCAACAAGACCGCUACUUUGGUGUGCGUGGCUGUGGCUGCUGAUCUGAGCCAGGUCCAAAUCUACUGGCAGGUGAGCGAGAGGGAGAAAAUUAAAGGAAAUGUGACCAGAAAACUGAGAGAGGAAGGGACCCAAGACACAGUGAUCAGCCAACUCCAGACCAGUGUGGAGGAGUGGUCCAGUGAGGUGGAGUACACGUGCUCUGCCCAACAACCUUCUUCACCCUCAUCAGUGUCAGCGCGGACAAAGAGUACCAAAGUGGAGACCAAACGUCCCAAGGUCAGACUGCUGCCUCCACCACACGAAGGGACCAAGAGUAGGAACAUGGCCACCCUCGAGUGUGUGGUCUCUGGAUUCUACCCGGACCUCAUAAACGUCACCUGGGAGAAAGACGGCUCCCUGAUCUCCUCCAACACCAGUGCUGCACCGACUGCUCUGGAGCAGGGGGGCACUCUCAGUGCCAGCCACUUCCUGACUAAUCCUGCACAGACUUGACAGGAGAGGAGGGGAAGGAAGAACUGGGAGACUUGGAUGGAGAUGACAAUGUGCUGGCAGUUGCUGCCUUUGCCAUUCUGUUCGUUAUCAGUUUCCUCUACAGCACCUUCGUCACCGUCGUCAAGGUUCAGCAGUGACCAGCAGAUACACGACUCACAUUCAGUCAAGAAAUCCCCGUGUGGCCUGCUGAUGUUUGGAAAUGGAGUCUCCCUCUCACUCACUCAGCAAUCCCAGGCUACUGCACUGCAACUGCUCAUUUCAGGAGAUAAACC